AUGUUCUACUUCCACUGCCCCCCGCAGCUAGAGGGCGCGGCGCCCUUCGGAGGCCACUCCGCUGGCGACUUCGACGACGGGUUCCUGCGCAGGAAGCAGCGCCGCAACCGCACCACCUUCACCUUGCAGCAGCUCGAGGCCCUGGAAGCCGUUUUUGCUCAAACCCACUACCCGGAUGUGUUCACUCGGGAAGAGCUGGCUAUGAAAAUCAACCUCACAGAGGCCAGGGUGCAGGUGUGGUUCCAAAAUCGAAGAGCUAAAUGGAGAAAAACAGAGAGGGGUGCUUCUGACCAAGAGGGAUCUAAGGAAACCAUGGCUGAGGUGGCACCUCCUGCAAGGAAUUUAAAUUCCCCUUCUCCAGCAGAUCAAACCAGGAAUAAAAAAGAGGGUCUGGAGAUCCAGCAGAGCCUGAGUCGAGCAGUGGGUCCUACAGGACCUUUCUUCCCUUCCUGCCUGCCGGGGACUCUCCUCAACACAGCCACCUACGCACAAGCUUUAUCCCAUGUUGCCUCUCUAAAAGGGAGCCCGCUGUGCUCGUGCUGCGUUCCAGACCCCAUGGGCCUCUCCUUCCUGCCCACCUAUGGCUGCCAAAGCAACCGCACCGCCAGCGUGGCCGCGCUGCGCAUGAAGGCGCGGGAGCACUCGGAGGCUGUGCUCCAGUCUGCCAACCUCUUGCCCACCGCCAGCAGCAGCCCCACUCCUUCUGCCAAACCCUCCUGCCCUGAGGGCAGCCAGGACAAGCAGCCCUCUCCAGCCAAGGAGCACAUGGAAGGGGAGAAGAGCGUAUGAGACCGGACUGGUGCUGGCCCCUUGGCUUAGGGCAGUGACCCGCUGGUGUUCUGCUGGGGGGUGAACUGCAGUGUGACCAUUCCCAGUGUGAUGUCACAGGGCCACCAGGGACCUGGCACGUCCAAGUGGCCUCUUUGGCUGCCUUUCACACACCCUUGCUUUUCUUGUGUCACUGGACACCAAAAGGCCUGGGAUCCUGGCUUACUCCUGCACAUCUUGAC